UGACCGAUGUUUUGUCAGUGAUGGCGAUCGUUAAUGACGACAUGAUCUAUUCAUUUCCGUCAUCAGAGGAAGAACUCCUUCCUUCUCAAUCUUACACACAAUCGAGGCAAAAACGUAGCAGUUCUGGAUCUAGCAGCGACGGAACUCCACCAGAACGUAAGAGACGAAACAAGACUUCUGAACAUUCGGCGGAGAAUUCAGAUGCAGCAAUUGAACAAAAAUGUCAAGGCAUUUCUGAAAUCUCCCUCAAAAAACUUGUGGAGCCCGAGAAGGAUCUCCAGAGACCACGUACCAGGAAGGAAGUGAUGGAGGCCAAACAGUUCGUGAUGAAGGCAGCAACCCACUUCCAGAGCUCCCAUGUCCUUCCAGUCCUCGCAGUAGAUGGCCCUUCUGGAACAGCUUACCAGCUCCUAGGAGGGGUGUGCUAUGCUCUUGCAGCUAAGGAUCUUGUUGACGAUGAAAGAUAUGAACAUCUAUCUCGUGGAUGGCGCUGCAGGGUGUACCAAAACCUGGACAAGGUUGAGGCAUUGAGAGUGGCAUCACUGCAUAGGUGUGGGCAACCUGCUGUAGACAAGCCGUGCUUGCAGGAGGAGGUUGCUGUCUGCAGGUCAAUUCUAUACGAUGACAACAACCUUGAUGUGGAGGAUGAGCCCUGCACUAUGACUGCCUCGACAAGACGCAAGUGUUCCCUAGCCCUUGGGAAAAAUGGCUCCUUCAAUGCACUGAGGGCUCUCGAGCCAACUUUCCAGUUGGCUAGUUAUUCAAACAGAUGCUACAGGAAAGCCACUCUCCUUUUCGAUGCAACUAGAGAAUCUACUGGAAAGGAUUUGAAACAAUGUUGUUUCAUGAAGCUACAAGGACUCUCAGAAGAGGAGCGAUAUUCACUUCUUCUGGAGGCGACCUUGUCUUUGAAUGUUAAAAAGAUGAAGGCGGAUGCCGAUGAACUGAAGGCAAUGAAGAGUCUGAAGAGCGUGUUUGCUAAGGGAGUUGGGGCUAAGACGUGGGAAGAGGCGAUAGAAAGAUACCCAACCUUCACUUCAGAAGCAGCCCUGGAACCCUAUGUUGGUAAAAAGUAUACAAAAGGUAACAUCCCAGAGGUCUUCCUGGAGCACAUCAGCAGGGCCAAGAGAGACAUGGACAUGAAUGCAGACGACAUCCCAGCCCUUAUGAUACAAGAACUAGAAGAGGAUAUCCAGUUAUCCUCAACACCAUCGGCUACUACCAGAAUCUUCCUGACAAAGGACAUCACAGCGAUAUCCAAAGUGGUCAGCCAACAUACCCGACACGAUGUGCAUAUAUUGCAUAUUGUCCAGUCCCCAGUAGGAGAUAUUCAAGAUGUCAACCAUAAUGUCUGUAUGCAGUAUGGUAUUGUCGAGUCUAGGAGGGGGGUGCUGGCACUAGCCAACUCUACAUGCCAUCAAGAUCAGACUUCUACAAAUAUGCAGUGGAGCAUUUCACUUCUAUUGAUGAAGUGGUUCUUGACGUUGGAGACGGACUGCUGGCAAGGGUUGCAGCAGAAUGUGGACGAAAUGGGAGGAUGGUAGAGGAGACAACACUGUCCAGCACAGAAAUAGAGGCCAUGAUGGGUGCUGCAGACUCGGAGGAGAUUCUAGAUGCAGAUCUAGUAUUAAGCAUGGACCAGACGUGUUCUAUACCUUAGUGCAUUUUGUUUCUCUCAUUUCCUCACCUCGAUCACUACCUCAUUUAGUUCUGAAAAAUCUUGUUAAGAUAUGUGACAAACUAACGUUUUUAUGUAAAUAUUUUUAUACAGAUAUGGCUGGUAGGGUGUUUAUAUAUCAUUCUUUUGGCCGCUGGAGUUGUAUUUUCAUGAGGGAAAAUAAAACUCCUUUAGGUAGGCUAAAGAAUAUGUAUUACAUACAUAACAGGAAAUAUCUAUUAUAAUAUUAGAUAACCUUGAUUAAGACCAAGUCAUGGUUUUUACAUGAAAGUCUGAACACGAACAGUUUAAUAGAGUCUGAUCUACAGUAGAUAUCCAUUGUCUUCGCCCUUCUC